UGAAAAUGGCAACGCUUUAAACGUAUCCGUCUGAAGUGAAAAAUUGACUGUCAACGAAAAUAGCCUUCUUUCCUUUUCAUUUUAAUUCAGAAGCAAACUAAUCGUGACUAUAAAAAAAUAGAAAACAAUGGAGUAAUGGGUUACAAUAUAAUUGUCUUCUUUUUUCUUCUCUUUUUUUCUCUGGCCAAUGCUGGGCUCAACUUUUACAUCAGUCAACAAGAAAGUUUCAGAGUGCUGGGUCUUGUAGCUGAAUUGGCAUAUGUUAGAGAUGGAAGCAUCAAUGAUGUUGCACAACAUUUUGUGGUACCUGUACCAUCCCACAUACAAGAACUUUGUUUUGUUUGGGUGAACGCUGAUUCCAAAGCAGUUAAAUACUCUAUUUUCACCAAGGAUAAUAGUAUGCAACCAGUCAACCAUGUUUCCUUGAAUAUUUCAAAUCAAGGUGUGGUACCGAGGGAACCACAGAUAUUCUGCCUACUUUUGCCUUGUAGCACCUAUUUGCCUUCAAAACUAGAAGUCUCCAUGAAAAUAAAUUUUACUUCCUUCAAUAAUGUGACAGUGUUGAAUGUUGUGAUGAAGAAAGAUUGCUCAUCAGAAGAUUUUAGAAAUGUUGACCAGGAUGUUCUAUCAAAAGUGAUUCCAGCAGAGGACUCCUCAUUUAUGCUGUUUGUGGCUGUUGGAAUAGCUUUUGGAGUCCUUGUAGUGUCACUAGCAGCUGCCUCUUGUUUUCUUUGCCCCAAGCACAAUUUAUGUCGUCAACAACCACAAAGAACUAUUGCACCCAACAAUGGUACAGCAGUGUAUUCACCUGUUCAAGCAUCUUGUACCGAAGAAGCGGGUGUAGCAACACUGUAUGUAAAUGAUCCAGCUGCUCAUCAAAUUGUCGCUGAGGAUAAACCAUCGUUCCGUCUUCAGCGGAACAAUAUUAUCAUUGGAAAAACUUUACUAGAGGGCACAUUUGGUUCCAUUUUUCAUGCAACUCUUCAAAUACCUGGGAUACCUCUUCAAGACGUCAUAGUCAAGACAGUCAAGAAUAACGCAGCGGAAACGCAAGUGAGGCUUAUGAUGGAAGAAGGGACAAGGUUCCAAGAUCUGAAACAUCAGAACAUUUACCCAUUGAUCGGUAUUGUUGAUGGCGAUGGAUGUCGACCGCUAUUGGUUUAUCCAUCUGUGACUUAUGGAAAUCUAAAACGAUGGUUAUUAUACUGCAGAGGAUCUCUAGAUGGAAGUCUACCACAUCCCCUUUGCACACAGGAUUUAGUGACUAUUGCACUGCACGUUUUACGAGGAGUUCAGUACUUGCACCAACAAAACAUCAUCCACAAAGAUCUGGCGACGAGAAACUGUGUAAUUGAUGACCUGUUUCACGUCAAGUUAACUGACAUGGCUUUAUCCCGAGAUUUCUUUCCUAAUGACUACCAUUGCUUGGGAGAUAAUGAGAAUCGACCGAUAAAGUGGAUGGCAAUGGAGUCACUUACUCGAAGGGAGUUUUCUACUGCUUCUGAUAUUUGGUCUUUUGGUGUGGUUCUUUGGGAAGUCACAACAUUGGCUCAGCAGCCUUACGUUGAAAUUGAUCCUUUCGAAGUCGGCCGAGUACUUCGGGAUGGAUAUAGACUUACACAGCCAGUCAAUUGUCCUGAUGAAUUAUAUGCAAUCAUGGCAUAUUGCUGGUCUUCUUCCAAAAGCGACCGUCCGACGGCACUUCAGCUAUAUCGUGAACUGCAUCAGUUUCAUCAAACGCUCAAUGAAUAUAUUUAAAUUCCAUGGCAACUAUUUGAGGUGAAAAACUGGUAAAGCGCGAUAACGAUUUUAAUUUCAGUCAACUUAUCUACCUUACCUACUGACAUACUCGUUAGCAUGUAGUAAAGUUAUUUUUUUUUAUAAAUAAUAAACAUCUAAAGUUUUCAUCUCUAA